AUGGCUGGAAUAAUCCUGUUUGCUGCUAAUACAGCCAUCUGGAUAUUGAUCGUGUAUCGUGCAUUCAUGGCCUUUGUCCACUUUGACCGUGGAGCAUCUCCGGCUUCAUUCUAUGCUGACUUUGCCGAGGCAUCUGAGCUGGUCAAACUCAUAUUCAUCUACAUUUCUCUGCUCAUUGGUGAUGCAGUUAUAAUCUACCGUGUAUGGGUUGUGUGGAAUCAUAACAAAUAUGUGAUGAUUUUCCCAUCAUGUAGUUUCUUGGCCUGUGUUGCGAGUUGUGUGCCCAUGUUACAUGCUUUAUCGGGCAGCAAACCUCUUUUCAACCCUGAGCUGAAGCGUGGAGUCACCUGUUAUUUUGUCUUUACCUUCUGCACAAAUGUGUUUUCCUGCUUUGUGAUAGCAUGGCGACUAUGGCAUGUCGGCUCUGCUGUGCAACCUUUCGGAUGGCAUAAGACUUGGCGGAUCCUUGCAAUAUGCAUAGAAGGCACAGUUCUCGACGUAACUGCUAUGGUUGUCUACUUUGCGGUGUACGAGGCUGGCUCACACCUGCAAUCAAUGAUGGUGGACAUUUUGGCCCCGCUCUCCGGCAUCUCGUUCAUGCUCAUCAAUGUCCGUGUGGGCAUGGGGUAUGCACCGCACUCGCAGGGCACAUACGAUGGGAUCGGGCACGCGCGCUCAAUGCCACGCAUGCCCCAGAAUACAACUAUUGCACCUAUCGCAGUGACCAUCUCCCGGGCAGUGGACUGCGAUGUAGAUAUAGAGGCGGAUGAGGUAGACAUUACGGACAAAGCAAUAGUGCGCGAGAACAUCUCAUCGGCUUGA